UCAAUCAUCAAUAACAAUCUUCAACUUGUUCAAAUUCUACUUCUUUUACCUCCACCUUCAAGAAAGUAAGUACCCUUUAUUUCUUUCUUCUUUAUCUUUGCAAAAAUCUUGGCUUUUUGCUUUUCUCUCUCUUUUUUGGUUAUAGGAAACAAAAGUUUGCUUCUUUUUUAUGGGGUGUUGAUAAAAAAUCCAGUGCAUUGAGUUCUUCCAAAAGUUUGGCUUGAAGAGAAAUUCCUCACCUCUACACUAGGUUCCUAUUCAUAAUGGGACUCUCACCAUAUACGACUCCGGCAGAUGCAGGAGUGUUCUGUGUGAUUCUGGUUAGUACAGCCAUAUCCAUCUCUAUUGUCAAGGGAAUGGUUCGAUCUAUCCUUCAUGUGAUUGGCAUCAACUUUGCAUCAUGGGAAGAAUAUUCUAUUGAAGGCCCCUUGGACCCAUUUGAGUGUCGUGGGAGCCCCUCAGGAUCAUACAUGGAGGAGUUCCGAAGCAGAACCCCUGCUGUUCGUUACGAUUCAUUGUGUAUAUCUAAUCACCCUACACAAGAAUGCCCGGUAUGUCUGGCAGAUUUCAACCAUGACGCGGAGAUAAACCACCUCUCAUGUGGCCAUGUUUUUCAUAAGCUCUGUCUCGAGAAAUGGCUAAAGAAUUGGAAUGUCACCUGCCCUCUCUGCAGGAAUUACAUUAUGCCUAAAGAAGGUGAGGAAGAUACUUGUCCGAUGUGAAUUUUGUAGUUUGUCAGGCUACUCCUUCUGUUCGAGAUGUUCUGAUGUACAGCUUAGUUGGGUAAAAGUUUUAUAGAUGACUGCCUGAUCGUUGAGACGGCAUAAUUCUGUAACCUUUUAUGCUGUAAUACUCUGCGUCCUAUCAUAGUGACGGGUCUCUUUGUUGCGACCAAGAAUCCAUACAUUGUUGUACAUAUGUUAUGAAAUUGCCACUUCCUGAUGUUUUCCAUCUUCUGGCUUAGCUAGCAACCUUAUAAGGGAACAUUUUAAUGCUUGAUUGAUAUGGUGAAAUGUCACAUACUCCU